AUGUUACCCAGCCCGAACAAGCUGUUUCUGUUAACAGCAGCAUUAUUUGGACAUGCCAUUGCUCUACCAGCUACUGUAGAUUACGACGUUCUCCCUAGCACCGGUUUCGUCCUCAACCUGGACGUCGCAGCCAGCAACAUCACCUACACCGUGCAAGGCAAUGACACUAUACACACCAUAGCUGCCAAGUACAACGUCGGCGCCUGCGACCUUGCCCGUCUGAACGUCCUCUCCGACCCGAACUUCCUAUACGAGAACGAGACCCUCCGAAUUCCCGCCCGCGCUACCUUCCCUGACGACUACUCCUGCUUCAGCACGAACAACACCGAUGCAACAGCUACAUGCAUCUACGGCGACCCUCACGUGUAUACCAUCUUACCCGGAGAUACGAUUCAGAAGAUCGCUAAUGAGCGGUAUAAUAUCACAACGGAUCCGAUUCUCAGCUUCACUGCGCAGACGGGCUACAUUGCUGCUUUGAACCCCGGUAUUUAUGAUGUGCUAGAGACCGGGCAGACGGUGAAGAUCCCGAGUUGAGGAAAUGGCAACCAUAUCUUCAGUAGGCACCCCGUAGAGUGUGUUUUCUUUAUCUUUCUUCACUAAUGUCUCGCGUGGAUGCCGAGGCCGACGACUCCUCUUCUCUGUAUGUAUUGGUUAGAAACUGCUGUAGGCUCGGG